CUACCCCUCUCCCUCUCUUCUCCCGCACAUUCUCCGACACGCUGCCCCAAAACUUUUGCAGCGCCUCCAAACCCCGCUUCUCCAUUCCUAAAAUUCCCCCAAAACUCCCAACUCCGAGCGGAGAAUCCACACGAUUCGGCACCCAUUUCGAACCGUCCCACUCGCCGGAGGUGUCGCGAUGCCGUCGAGGAGCAAGCGCGACCGCCGCGGCAGCGAUUCCGAGGAGGAGGUCGUCACCCUCUCCUCCGACCCCGACGAGUCGGAGUCCGAGGCGGAGCGCGGGGCGGAGGCGGCCGACGACGACGACGACGAGUACGUGGCGGACAGCAGCGACGCGGGCGGCGUCGAGGACGAGGCUGAGGAAGGGGGCGACAGCGAUGACGGCGGCGGCGACGGCGGGCGGCCGGUCCGGGGCGGGCGGCGUGGCGCUGCGGAGCCCGACGAGGAGAGGAAGUCGCAGAACGUGGACGCGCUCGUCAGGGGAAACCUGGUUGUCAGAAGGCAGCCACUUAUUCCACGUAUCCUUUCAGUUUCUGAUGCGGCAGCGAUAGCUCGAAAACCAUUCAAACCUCCGUGUGGAAAUGGAUAUAGUGAAAAUAGUGAGCUUCUUGCUCGGCGCCUUUCAGCUCGUAAAAGAUUUGUCCCGUGGGGUUCAGCACAGCCAUUUGCAGUUCCAAACAAUCUUCAGCAGCUGCCUACCAUUGCUAGUGUUGAUUCCUCAGAGAAAGAGGAACCUCUUCCAUCUGGCAUAGAGCCAUUAAUUUUGUGGCAACCCGAGGAAUGUGACAAAGAGAAUAACAAUUUUACUGCAAUUGAAGUUGAUCAUCUGCUUGUACGUUACCUUCGUCCUCAUCAAAGGGAAGGAGUUCAGUUUAUGUUUGAUUGUGUCUCUGGGUUGCUAAGUGACGAUGGAAUUGCUGGAUGCAUUUUAGCUGAUGACAUGGGAUUGGGGAAGACUUUACAGUCGAUAACUUUGCUAUAUACCCUUCUUGCUCAAGGCUUUGAGGGUAAGCCAAUGGUUAAAAGGGCUGUCAUUGUAACCCCCACAAGCCUAGUUAGCAACUGGGAAUCUGAGAUAAGUAAAUGGUUAAAAGGCAAAGUGCACCUGCUUGCCCUCUGUGAAAGCACGCGUGCUGAUGUUCUUUCUGGAAUAGGAAGUUUCUUAAAGCCCUUGAGCCAUCUUCAGGUACUUAUCGUAUCUUACGAGACCUUCCGCAUGCAUUCGUCAAAAUUUGAAAUACCAGGAAGCUGUGACCUUCUCAUAUGUGAUGAGGCUCACAGGCUGAAAAAUGACCAGACACUAACAAAUAAGGCACUGGCGUCCCUUCCUUGUACACGGCGUAUCCUGUUAUCAGGUACCCCAAUGCAGAAUGAUCUGGAAGAGUUCUUUUCAAUGGUAAAUUUUACAAACCCAGGAGUUCUGGGGGAUGCCGCAUAUUUUCGCCGAUAUUAUGAAGCACCAAUAAUUCGUGGAAGAGAACCCACAGCAACUGCAGAAGAAAAGAAGUUGGGAUCUGAGAGAUCUGGACAGCUUAGUGCAAAAGUAAAUCAGUUUAUAUUGAGACGGACGAAUGCCCUGCUGUCCAAUCACUUGCCACCAAAGAUUGUUGAAGUAGUGUGCUGCAAGCUGACUCCUUUACAGAUGACACUGUACAACCACUUCAUACACUCCAAAAAUGUUAAACGCUUGAUAUCUGAAGAAGCAAAGAGUUCUAAAGUUUUGGCAUAUAUUACCGCUCUUAAGAAAUUAUGCAACCAUCCGAAGCUAAUCUAUGACACCAUAAAGAGUAGCAAGUCAGGAGGCUCCGGUUUCGAUGACUGUCUACGCUUUUUCCCUCCAGAACUGUUUCAAGGAAGAUCUGGAUCAUGGACUGGUGGAGGAGGAAUGUGGGUAGAACUAUCUGGCAAAAUGCACGUGUUGGCUAGAUUGCUGGGGCACCUCCGACUGAAAACUGAUGACCGUAUUGUCCUUGUAUCAAAUUACACUCAGACAUUAGAUUUAUUUGCACAAUUAUGUCGGGAAAGAAGAUAUCCAUAUGUUAGACUUGAUGGAUCAACAUCCAUUAAUAAAAGGCAAAAGUUGGUGAACCAAUUCAACGAUCUAUCUAGAGAUGAGUUUGCCUUUCUACUUAGUAGCAAGGCAGGCGGUUGUGGGCUUAAUUUGGUGGGUGGAAAUCGAUUGGUUCUCUUUGACCCAGAUUGGAACCCUGCCAAUGAUAAGCAGGCUGCUGCUAGAGUCUGGAGAGAUGGACAAAAGAAGAGAGUGUACAUAUACAGGUUCUUGAGCACUGGAACCAUUGAGGAGAAGGUAUAUCAGCGUCAAAUGGCAAAAGAAGGCCUCCAAAGGGUUAUUCAGCAGGAACAAGCAGACGACAAAAUGCAGGAUCAAGGCAAUUCUCUUUCAACAGAAGAUCUGCGUGAUCUUUUUACUUUGCAUGACCAAGUCAGGUCUGAAAUACAUGAAAAUUUGAAGUGCGAUCGCUGUAAUAAGGAUCACUGUAUGCCGUUAGAUGGUAACGGUUUGGAUUUAGAUGCCGCUAAGCAUGAUACAGUUUCGACAUCAAAAGAAAAGUUGUAUACUGAUAUUGGUGGCUUUAGAGAGAUCUCUGGAUGUGUGCAGAAAAUGAAUUGUUCAAAUCAACAGAUCGAACAACCUUCUGAAGAAGAUUUACGAAGUUGGGGCCAUCAUUCUGAUCCAUCAACUGUACCUGAUACCAUCCUCCAGUGUUCUGCUGGUGAUGAGGUUUCUUUUGUUUUCACCAAUCAGGUUGAUGGGAAACUUGUUCCAGUUGAAUCUAUGGUGCGAUCAACAGCUCAUCAACCAAAUGGAGUGACAGCUAAUGGAGAAAAAGAAGCGGUGAAAAUAAAUUCUCCGAGGAAACCUGGAAGGCAAUCUUUACUUGGCAAGAAUUUGAAGAUGAUGGGAUUCAAUUUGAAGAAUUCCUCUUUGAGAUCUCCAACUGAAUCCAAGAGGACAUCUCCAGUUUGCUUGCAACCGUUGAAAAAAACCAACCCCUCGUCAGAUCAUCAACCUCAGACUAAGAGACUUCAUGUUGCUUCUGAUAUAUCUGAUGAUGAUUUUGUUUGAAUCCAUCAAACUUAGAGCUAAAUUCUCUAUUGAAAUGACAUCUGUUGAUCUGUAUUAUGCCGUGUAAAUACUGCCAUCUCCUUCGUGCAGUGUAUAUACUGCAUAUGGUUACGAUCAUUCCAAGACGAAGGGCUGCACUACAAAUCUAAUUAUUGUAACACACUAGCAUCAAAGGUUCACUUCUGUUUUCGUUUUUCAUACAUUACAAUCGCACAAUGUGAGGCUGGUUUACUGUAAAUUCAUGGCAUCCUUGAGCUUGUCUAUAGAUCUACUUUUCACUUCAUGUGAUGCUGUGGUAAAUAAUAUUUUGGCUAUUUUGACUGUUGUCUUA